AUGUCUGCUACCUUCCAGCAGACUAAAUUGGGGCAUUCUGUAAGGAAAAUCUCUCAUUUGUGCCAACAACUGAGCUCAUCCCUUUCACAAAUUCCCCAGAAACUCCAACGGACAGUGAGCACCUCGACCACUGUAAAUCCUCCCACCUCUGGAGGUCGUAUUAUAUUUUCUGGCAUUCAGCCUACCGGAGUCCCUCACUUGGGGAAUUAUCUAGGAGCGCUACAGCAAUGGGUUCGUUUACAGAAUGAAGCCCUGCAUUCUACGAAAUUGAUUUUCUCCAUUGUGGAUCUUCAUGCCCUCACAGUUCCGCAGGAUCCUACUAUCCUUGGACAAUGCAGGAAACAGAUGUUGGCUGCUUUGAUAGCUGUUGGGAUUGAUCCAAGGAGAUCUACUAUAUUUUUUCAGUCUGCGGUUUCAGCACAUUCUGAGUUAAUGUGGAUACUAAGCACGAUAUCAUCGAUUGGAUAUUUAUCACGGAUGACGCAGUGGAAGAGUAAGCUCCAAUUACCAAAAGAUUCUACGUUGGAAAAUUCGACCGCUCGGUCACGCCUGAAACUCGGGUUAUUUUCCUAUCCUGUGCUGCAAGCGGCAGACAUUCUUGUUCACAGAGCAACCGAUGUGCCUGUCGGGGAAGACCAAAAGCAGCAUCUUGAAUUCACUCGGGAGGUUGCAAACGGCUUCAAUCACAUAUACGGUCCGGUGCUUACCAUGCCUUCUGCGUUGAUAUCCCCAGCAAAACGUGUCAUGUCACUCAAACAACCAACCCUGAAAAUGUCUAAAUCACACUCUGAUCCCCGAUCUCGAAUCCUCCUCACAGACUCUUCGGAGGAAAUCUACUUAAAAAUAAAGCUUGCCCUCACGGACUCUAAUCAGGGAAUCAGUUACGACCCCAUCAACAGGCCUGGCGUUUCUAAUCUGAUUGAGAUACUCAGUCAUGUUCAGGGACGAGACGGAAUCUCAUCUUUUGAGGAGUUAGGGGCUGAAUACCAAUCAUUUACCAUGCGGGCGUUCAAGGAGCAUGUUGCUGUAGCAGUUGCAGAUCAUCUAAAUGGAAUCCGGCAAAGAUAUUUGGAACUUAUGAAUAAUAAGUUGAGUUAUCUGGACACCGUUGCUGAGGAUGGGGCCAAGUCCGCCACAGAAAAUGCUGAUACUACACUUAGAACAGUCAAAAAUGCUCUAGGGCUUUUAUGA